ACCACCCCGCCGGGAGCCGCGGGGCGGGAGCCCGCCCGGGGGCGGCGGCCACCGGGCCCCGCGCAGCCCCUGGCCGCCGUUGCCUCUCCGUGCCGCCGGCCCCGCUUCGUCCGGCGGCGGGUCUGGGGUGCGCGGCCCUGGGCUGCCAGAGCCGGCGUGAGUCAGCGUUUCUCAACGAACACCUGCGUAGGCUUCCCCCCCCCCCCCCGCCUCCAUUUUCAGAAAUCUGUCAGCCCCGCGCACGGCGCCCAUGAUUGUUGCUUCCCAGCCGCGCCUCGUCUUCUGCCUCUGCCCCUUCGCUGAAGGCUCCAGAAUCCUCACAGUGCCUCCCUGCGAGGGUGUAUGCCAUUUUCUGCUCCGGUCUCGCCGCAGAGCCGGCAGCAGGCUCCGGGAAGAAAGCAGCAGCCGCGGGGAUGCUGCGCAGUGUGGUGAACGCCGGCGCCUGGGGAAGAGCCAGUCCUUUGUAAAGACUAUGAAGCGUUGUCAGCAGUUUCUGUCAUUCUUACACAAAUAGAUCAUCUAUCCGUCAUCUUGGAGCAUAGUCUAAAUAUAUAAAAGCUAAUACAAGUGGGCUUAAGUUACAUGCAGGCACACAGUUCCGGCAGGGUCAGCAUCACGGCUUGCAAAUCUGUUUUAUGUUCGUACUCUGAGACAACUAACUGGCACUGCAUUGCAUAUCGGUCACAUGAGGGCUGGAGCACAAUAAAGGAAAGUCGUAACAGCAGUGAGCCACAAUCCUUUGGCUUUGAAGCUACCUUAAGACAAGUGAUCGGAGAAGGAAAACCAUGAGUAAUGUUUUCAAUAAUUCCUUGAAGAACUCCCUGCAGCAGCUAGAAUGUCAUUUUACAUGGUCUUUGCUGAAGCAGGAUGUGGAUCUUGAUGACCUAGAGGAAACAAUAGGCGAUCAGAUAGAGUUUUUAAUAAAAGACAGCAUCACAGGUUAUAAUCUACUAUCCUAUGUAUGCCACCUAAAGAAUUCAAAUGAAGAAGCCCUGAGAAAUCUCCAAAAAGCUGAAGAAACAGUUAAAACAAAUCAUCCAGAUGAAGUUGCCAGGAGAAGCCUUGUUACCUGGGGGAACUAUGCCUGGAUCUAUUACCACAUGGAGAGAUAUGAAGAAGCUCAAACUUAUGUAAACAGAGUGGAAAACAGCUGCAAAAAUCUUUCAAGUACUGCUCAAUGGAAGAUCGAGCUCCCAGAGAUCUAUGCUGAGCAAGGAUGGGCAUUAUUAAAGUUUGGGAGAAAAUACUAUGAAAGAGCAAAGAAUUGCUUUGAAAAUGCUCUGAAGGAUGAACCCAACAACCCAGAAUUCAAUGCCGGCUAUGCAAUAGCAAUGUAUCGUUUGGAAGCGUUUUUACACAGACAAUGUGAAGAUUUAAGCCUGUCCCUCCAGCCCCUGAAGCGUGCAGUGGAACUGAAUCCAAAGGAUACUUUCAUUAUGGCAUUACUUGCAUUAAAACUUCAGGACUUAAAGCAAGGUGAUGAAGGCGUGAGAUACAUUGAGGCAGCAAUGCAGAAUAGCCCUGAUCUUCCUUAUUUCCUGCGAUACGCUGCUAAAUUUUACAGAAGGAAAGGAGAAGUGGACAAGGCAUUGGAGAUUUUGAAAAAGGCCCUAGCAGUGACACCAAAAUCUGCCUUUUUGCAUCACCAGAUAGGACUGUGCUACAGAGCAAAGCUCUUUCAAUUGAAAAAGAAUACAAGAUAUCCACCUCGACAGCAAGUGGAAGAACUCGGCCGACUUUCCAUUUUUCAUUUUAAAUCAGCGACUGACCAAAAGACAGUAUUUUUUGCUGCCCAUAUUGACCUAGCAAACAUGUAUGCAGAACAAAAGAGGUAUAAAGAAGCAAAAGAGACAUUUCAGAAAGCAUCUCAGAUAAGUAUUCUAUCCUAUGAUGAUAAACACGAAUUCUACUACAAUUAUGGCAAUUUUCAGCGUUUUCAUAUGAAAUCAGAAUCUGAAGCCAUUAGGUAUUACAUAGAAGCACUGAAAAUUGAAAAAGAAUCUUAUUAUUUCCAUAAGUGCAAAAGUGCUCUGAAGAAAUUGAUGGAACAGAGAAUUCAGGGAGGUGCAGGAGAUGCAAAGGAUUUUGGCACACUUGGAUUCAUUCAUAAUCUAAGUGGUGAAAAACAUGAAGCAAUUGAGUGCUAUGAGAAAGCCAUUGCAUUGUGUCCCAACAAUGAGGAAUAUCUGAGUGCACUAUGUGAGCUACGACUGUCCAUCUCAAGCUAAAGAUCCCAAAAAUCCUUCACAC